AUGGCUGCACAACAAGACAGCCUUCGUUCCUCAUGUGCUGGGAACAAUUUAAGUGCCGCCUGCCAAGACGACAACACGAUGACCGACCCAAACACCUCCCUUUUUUUUUACCCAAACUCCUCCCUUUUGUUUGACAACUUUGGUGAAAUUUACGAUGAGCUCAACUUCACAUAUAAUGCCUCCGAGUUCACCUUUAACCCCGCUCUCCAGCCCUGCGAUCACUUUUUCAUCUCGGAUGCAAUUUCGAUUGCUGUCUGCAUCUUUUACGUUCUCAUCUUUCUGUUGGCAAUCCCUGGCAACCUACUAGUGGGGUUAGUGAUUGGCCUUAGCAAGCAGGCAUUGUCUCCCUCCGAUCUCUACCUCCUCCACCUGGCAGUGGCAGACAUGGUGCUGGCAAUCACCCUCCCUUUCUGGGCUACCUCCAUCACCCAGGGGUGGGUGUUUGGAAACGGCAUAUGCAAAAUAGUCAGUAUCCUCCAAGAGCUUAGCUUCUACUCUAGCAUCCUCUUUCUGACUUGCAUCAGCGUGGACCGUUACCUCGUCAUUGUGAGGGCCAUGGAGGUGCGAAAGGCCAGCAGGCGCCUGGUCAGCUGGGGAGUUUGUGCUGCUGUGUGGUUUGGUGGAGGGCUGUUGUCUCUUCCAGGAUUAUAUAAUACUGCUGAUCAUUCCAACAGCUCUCAGAUUGCAUGCAUUGAGGUCUACAACAAAAACAGUGCUGAAGAUUGGAGGCUUGCUACCAGAGUUCUCAGACACACCCUGGGCUUUGUUAUCCCCCUGGCCAUCAUGUUGACCUGUUAUUGGGUGACCAUCCAGCGCCUCCUGCAAACUCGUGGAGGGUUCCAGCGACAGCGGGCCAUGAGAGUGAUCGUAGCCGUGGUCGUUGCCUUCAUUCUUUGUUGGACACCUUACCAUGUGGUAGUAAUGGCUGAUACCUUUUUCCGGUUGAAGAUAGUGCCGUACGAGUGCCUGACCUGGCACGCAGUGGAUAAGGCCAUGUUUACCACCCAGAGUCUGGGCCUGCUACACAGUUGUGUCAACCCGGUGCUGUAUGCUUUCGUGGGAGAGAAAUUUAGGGGAAGGUUGGUGCAGAUGCUGAGGAAGGCAGGUAUGCUGGAGAGAGCAUCAGUGUCAAGAUCCAACAGGUCCUCAUUGUCAUCAGAAAUCACAUCCACAUUCAUGUGA